GGAGCUGGAGAUCUAAACAAGGAGCUGCACAGGACCAGCAGUCUGACCUUUGGGUUUUACAGAUCCUUGACCACACCCUGCAGCCUUCUAACUAUGAAGCUCUGGACUGUACUUGUUCUGAUUCUGCUCUGCAUGGAGCUCCAGGACAGUGCCUGCCAAGUGCUGAAGAGAAAAAAAGACGGAGAAAACCGAAACCGCCCAGGCUGGAAACGGGUGAAUGCUCGUCUCCCUGAUCUGAACGGCAAAAAUGUCAAAAGCCAUUCCCUGCUGACACAAGUGCUAGAUAAGGGCCAAUUCCUACGCCUGGGUGAGAGCACAACCCUGACUCCUGGGAGGAACAUGGAGCUGCGCUGCAAAGGAGGCCAUAUUGGAUGGUCCUACCCCACUUACCUGGACAUCUUCAAUGACUCACGUCUCAGCAUCACACAAAGUGACAAGUACAGUCAGCUGGUCCUGACUUCACCCUCAGCUGCAGACACCGGACCCUACAGCUGCUGGGUCAUCGUGUGUGACGGAGCAGAAUGUCAGAGAGACCCAGACCGCACCUAUACCUCAUACAUUUAUUUCCCAGAUAAGGAUCAUCUCUUCGUCCCAUCUGUCAAACAUUUUGAGAUUGUGUACCUGCGUCCAGACCGGCCCACAGUUGUCCCCUGCCGUGUGACUGAGCCCCAAGCCAAGACAUCUCUGCACAGAGAGGUUCCUCCAGAGGAAAUCACAGGAAACAAAACUCAGAUGACCUAUGACCCCACUAAAGGGUUUGUACUGCAGCACCCCACCCUGCAGCUUCAGGGGGUCUUCUACUGCAAGGCUGUGUUCAAAGAGACCCCUCAAAUUUCCACCAAGUACCAGUUGUUGUACGUUGAAGUUCCCAGUGGGCCACCAUUUGUGAGCCUAGGAGCUUCUCCAGAAGCAGCGAGAGGGGAUGGCAUUGUCAACGUAACCUGCACCGUGCUGGGAGAACCAGAGGUAGAUGUGAGCUUCACCUGGUCGUACCCUGGUCAGGACCAGCAUCCUGUUCAGGUCCAGUCAUCUUGGAGGCUGCUCAACAGAGGCCUGGGCUUCACCACCAGAGUCUCCCAGAGCACCCUGAUGGUGGAGCACAUGGACACCAUGCAUGUUGGAAACUAUGUGUGCAAAGCAAAGAACCAGCAUGGAGAGACCACAGUCACGCUGAAGAUAAACUACAGCUAACUGCAUGUUGAGCUUUAACACACCCACACAGCUAAAUGAACAUUUCAAUACUACAUCUGGUGGAAAAAAAUCUAUGAACUUGAUGAUAAAAUAAAACUUGAU